ACGUCAGAUGAAUAUGGCGGCCGCAGUUACGCUACAGAGGAAUGUCGUGAGUCAAACUGGAAAACACACCGCGUCAGUUAUCUUUCUUCAUGGUUCAGGAGACACCGGGCCAGGAUUACUUCGAUGGGUUUGUGAUGUGUUUGGACAAAACCUGGCAUUUGAAAAUAUUCGAAUGAUUUACCCCACAGCAUCAGCAAGGCCAUACACGCCUAUGAAGGGGGCUCAGUCUCACGUGUGGUUUGAUCGUCACAAGAUUUCUCAGGAUUGCCCAGAACAUUUGGAGUCUAUAGAUUCCAUGUGCAGUAAUUUAAGUGCCAUUGUCCAAGAUGAGAUCCGAGCAGGAAUACCCAAACACAGGAUGAUUAUUGGUGGCUUCUCCAUGGGUGGAGCCAUGGCACUGCAUAUGGCAUGCAGAUAUCAUCAGGAUGUAGCUGGUGUCUUCGCUCUGUCCAGCUUUCUUAACAAGGAUUCAGUUGUAUAUCAGGCAGUAGAGAGUUCAGCACAACGCCCCCUACCUGAGCUUUUCCAAUGCCACGGCGCAGCGGAUGAGCUUGUUUUCCAUAGCUGGGGUGAAGAGACAAAUGCUCUGUUGAAGAAAGCUGGCCUCAAUACGUAUUUCCAUUCCUUCCCAGACCUCAACCAUCAGUUGUGUCGGCAAGAACUGGAGUUACUACGAUCCUGGAUCCUAAAGAAGCUUCCUCUUUAGGGCCUUGUCAAUGCUGGACAGUAUCCACUGCUUUUCAAUAUCCCACCUACAAUCCAAGGAGUACUUAAUCACCCAGGGGUCUUGCUCUCAUGUAAUUUUCAACUCAAACGACAUUCUUCUGUGAUACAAAUAAGAUGCUUUUAAAGAAGAUCCUGGUCAGCAUUUUCCAUGUUAAACUGAAUGAGGUGUAAAGCUCAAAAAUAAUCAUAUAUGUGGUCUUUUUAACUAACAGCAACAUGAUAGCCUUGUUUAAGGAAAAUGCUAAAAUGUAUAAUUAUGCUUCCACACAAUAUCUAUAUAAAUCUAUUGUAUCGCUCAGUCAUAUAGACAAAAAAUGCUUUUGUGCUAUUUUUGAUUAUUUUGGCCAAUUUGAUUAUUUUGCCCCAGUGCUCGCUCUAUUGAUAACUAAUGAAGUAUUUCUGUUAUGUUUUUUAAA